UUGAAGGUUUUUACUCCACAUCUACGAAGUAUCGUUGAGCUCACCAUAGGCGCAAUACAAGAUAGCUUCUAUAAGGUGUCGGCGGAAGGAUUGGGAGUGGCUUCACAGCUAGUUCCUGUAAUUCGCGAUUGUAACGCUGGUAAAUUGGUCCCGAAAUUGUAUGAAGCGAUCUUUGAAAAACUGAAAAUCAACGACAUCGAUCAAGAGGUGAAGGAGCGUGCUAUCUAUGCUGCCGGUCUAUAUGUUGCCAAUUUUGCCAACGAUAUGUCGUCGAUGGUUCCAACUACUUUGGAAUUGAUGGUCGAGCGCCUUCGCAAUGAAAUGACUCGUCUUUAUGCAGUUCGUGCGCUGAUAAUGAUAGUUGAGAGUCGCAGUACUCAUGUUAACUUGUCGGAGGUAGCACCUGUCCUUCUCCCCAUCAUGACUGAUUUUCUGAGAAAGAAUUCCCGUGCAUUGAGGAUCGGAACGCUACAUCUUUUGGAGGCAUUGCUUAUGAGGGAUGACUUGCCUUCAUUGGACUCAGAUGAUCUGUCACAGGCCAUAGCCGAACUACCUGCUUUGAUCAAGGAGUCUGAUUUGCAAAUCGCUCAACUUUCGCUGAAAUGCAUAACAGGCAAGUUUCCCAUCCAUGCUAGUAACCCUUGA